CCUGCCUCUGUGAGUAUCAGAAACAUGGCGGAAAGCGAGUUGAACGUUGACAGCCUCAUCUCUCGACUACUGGAAGUGCGAGGAUGUCGUCCAGGGAAGGUCGUACAGAUGUCAGAGGCUGAGGUUCGGGGGCUCUGCAUUAAGUCCAGAGAGAUUUUCCUCAGUCAGCCGAUCCUGCUUGAACUGGAGGCUCCUCUUAAAAUCUGCGGUGACAUCCAUGGACAGUACACAGACUUGCUGAGGCUAUUCGAGUAUGGAGGCUUCCCUCCAGAGGCCAACUAUCUGUUCCUGGGGGAUUACGUGGACAGAGGGAAGCAGUCGUUGGAGACCAUCUGCCUGCUGCUUGCUUACAAGAUCAAAUACCCAGAAAACUUCUUCUUGCUCAGGGGGAACCACGAGUGUGCCUCCAUCAAUCGGAUCUACGGCUUCUACGAUGAGUGCAAGCGAAGGUUCAACAUAAAGCUCUGGAAGACCUUCACAGACUGUUUUAAUUGUCUACCCAUUGCUGCGAUAAUUGAUGAGAAGAUUUUCUGCUGCCAUGGAGGGCUCUCACCUGAUCUACAGUCCAUGGAACAAAUUCGGCGCAUUAUGAGACCAACUGAUGUCCCGGACACAGGUUUGCUGUGUGACCUGCUGUGGUCCGACCCAGACAAAGACGUCCAGGGCUGGGGGGAGAAUGAUCGGGGAGUUUCCUUCACCUUUGGGGCCGAUGUGGUCAGCAAGUUUCUCAACCGUCACGACCUGGACCUUAUCUGCCGAGCACAUCAGGUUGUUGAAGACGGCUAUGAGUUCUUCGCCAAACGACAGCUGGUGACGCUAUUCUCUGCCCCCAACUACUGCGGGGAGUUUGACAACGCAGGUGGCAUGAUGAGUGUGGACGAGUCCCUAAUGUGCUCCUUUCAGAUCCUGAAGCCAUCAGAAAAAAAAGCAAAGUACCAGUACGGAGGGGUGAAUUCAGGACGCCCGGUCACCCCGCCUCGCACCACUCAGGCACCAAAAAAGAGGUGAGCGUAUGGCCCUGACUGUCCUGCUCCUCCCGCGGCUGAUCUCUGGCCCACGUCCCUGCAGGCUGCCUCAAACACUCCAGCCUUCUCUCAGUCAGCUUGUUCAUGUGUAAACAAAAAACUCCAGGAGUGUUUUUUGCUUGUUCUGUGGGUAUUUUUAUGAACACGUGAGUGGUAUUUUUUCCAUUUCUUUUUUUCAUAGUAUGUAUUAACUCAGCCCUCACUUGCAUUCAGCAAUAUUUAAACCAAACUCUUGUGGAAUGGGCAAGAUGUUAAGAAAAGAUGCUUCUCUUCCUUCAGAUUAACAAUUUCCAUCGUGAUUUUGUGAACGCAUGCACGCUUGUGAGAUUGAGACGGGUUUUUUGCCCUACCAGAUGUAAAAUCUUUAAAUUCUCUUGGCCAGUUAUUUCUUGUCUCGCCUUCAUUUGUCUAAUGCUCAUGGAAUUCACAGAACCACUGCCGUAUUAUAUAUGUCCAUGUAAGUCGUACGCUACUUAAAGGCAUAGUUCGACAUUUUGGGAAAUGUACUUAUUUGCUUUUUUACAGAGUUAAAUGAUGAAUUUGACAUCACUCCUGCCACUUAUGAAACUACCACCAGCAGCUGGCUAACUUAGCAUAAAGACUGGGAACAUAGGAAACAGCCAGCCUGGCUACAUCUAACAGCCGCAGAAUCCUCCACCAGCUCUUAAAUGAACAUGUAUCAUGUUCGUGUAUUAUGUAAAAAAAAUGUCAAAACAAGCUAAGCUAAGUUAGCCGGCUACAGCUUUGUAUUUCACAGACAGACAUCAAGUAUUAAACUUAGUAUCAUCUAAAGCCCCAUUCCCACAGGACUGGAAAUUACCCUUCCACGUCUGUGUUUCCUACAGCGCAUUCACAGGAUAAGUGUCUGUAUUUUACUCAAAGUGACUGACACAGAAAUACUACUCAGCACAGCUAGUGGUGAUGACAGUGGUAACCUCAAUUUUUCUCUAAAUGUUGGUUAUACAAACAGGUCCAAUUCCGCAACACAUUGUCGUGUUAUUCAUCUCAUCAUCUUUUGAGAUUUCCCUCUUGUAAUUGAUCUGAGCUUUAUUAUCUGUGAACAGGUCUCCGUGCUGUGUAGUGAGAUGAGCCCUCUACACCUAAAAUGCUAUCAAGAUUUAAUUUAGAAUUACUAACACAGCCUCCUAAUUCUUGACUGGCAAAGACGCAGAAACGAGCCGCAGAAAACCCAAACACGACCCUGAAUCACAGAGAUCCCAUCUUGCACGGGACUUUUGUUAUCAUUAUAUUUUCACUAUAUUAUCACAUGUAAAGUAAAUAAAGUAGGUACUUUGUGGUGGAAUUUUUACUUGACAAAUUACGGACAUGGCAGAAUCGCAUGGGAUUAGGACGACCUCCACAAUUAUUACAGAUUACCAGAGGUCCUGUGUGAAUAGGGCUUUAGUCUCAGCAAGAAAGUGACUUUUCCCAAAAUGUGAAAUCUUUCCUUUAAGAAUGGCAUACUGUUAAGACAUUGCUAUGACUUUCCCUAUGACUUAAGAAUGUUUUUCUCCCCAAGAGCUAAAUGAAAUCCUGAGAUUUUGAUAUUUUAAGUGCAAUAAAUAUUGCAAAAAAAAACUUGCCAUAUGCAAGCAUAAAUGCGAAAAAGCCAUUAGAGUCUAUUUGAAUUUUUUUUAAAAAAUGCUGUACCUUUCACCAGGGCAUUCAAAUACAGAAGAUGCUCUACAUUAGAUCCAAGCUCUGAAACUUUUAUCCGUCACAUCACUGAAGAAGCAUCUGAGGUUGUUAAAAAGCAGAAUUUUAAUUGUUUGGUAUUUUAAAAAAUGGGAAAAACAGAGCAAUGAGAUAGCGUAAAAGUUUCUUCAUCAGUUCAGAUGUAAAUUCAGUGUGUGUGGAAAAUGUUGGGACCAAACAUCACUGAGCACUUUGAGUUUGUGUCCUUGAGUCUGGUAAGUUCAGUAGGUGUGUAGAAACGUAGAGACGGAUAUGAAGAACGUGGCAGAAACUGACGUACAGUUCGAGAUUUAAAAAUAGUUGUCAGUAUAUACAUCCUCACAGUGGUAGAAAAUGACCUCUCACAUUGAACAUUGUUGAACUUCCAGUCAUCGCAUGACAUCGUAACGAGG